UAAUGUUUCAAAAUAAGUACAUAAGUGUAUUAAUUUCAUUAGAACAGAUUAUGAUAGAGGAGUGAAUACAUUUUCACCAGAAGGUCGUCUAUUCUAAGUGGAAUAUGCAUUAUAAGCAAUAAAAUUAGGAGCAAGUGCUUUGGCUAUAAAAGUGAAUGAAGGAGUAGUAUUGGCAGGAGAAAGAAAAUUGAAUUCAACUCUUUUAGAGCCUAAGAGUAUUGAAAAGAUAUAUGAAAUUGAUACACAUAUUGCAUGUACUGCUUCUGGUUUCAUUCCUGAUGCCAGAACUUUAGUUGAACAUGCAAGAGUAGAAUCUCAAAAUCAUAAAUUCAAUUAUGGUGAACCUAUUAAUGUAAGAGCACUUACAUAAAUUGUUUGUGAUUUGGCUCUUGAUUUUGGAGAGAGUGAUUCCAAAAAUAAAACAAAGAUGUCUAGACCUUAUGGAGUAGCAUUAUUAAUUGCUGGUGUAUCAGAUCAUGGUCCAUAAAUUUAUUAAACUGGUAUUAUAUUAAAUGAUUAUAGAUCCAACUGGAACUAUGAUUGAAUAUUAAGCUAAAGGAAUAGGUGCAGCAGAUGAAGGUAUUCAAAGCAUACUUAAAGAAUAAUAUAAAUAAGUAAAGAUAAUUAAUUAAGGUAGGAUUUGACCUUAGAGUAAGCUGAAAGAUUGGCUAUUUUAUGUCUUAAGAAUGUUAUGGAAGAAAAAGUAAUUAUAUAUAUUUUAUUAUAUCUUAGAUUAAUAAUACAAAUGUUGAAUUGGCUGUAAUUACAACUGUAGAAAAAAGAUAUACAUAAAGAACACCAGAACAAAUAUAAAGUCUAAUUGACAAAGUUUGAA